CUCCACUGAGACCUGAGACGCUGUUGUCAGUUUCAACAAAAUGGCUGCGCGAGCGCCACAAACGAAAACCCAGUGAACGCUUCACGCCAGUGCAGUAUCCUAUUGAUGCACUGGAAUUUCCCCAAUUUUGAGUAUCGGGACAUUUAACUCGCGUGGACUCUUUUACACACGUAUUUGUGAACUAAAGGCAUGCUGAGAUAUUCCCUUUAAGCACUUUAUGUUAUAUACAUCCAAAAGCAUACAAAAGCUUGAGCUGCCGGUGCGCGCGCGCGCGCGCGUCUGUGUGGGUGGGUGUAUCUUGCUCCUGAGUGAGGAUCGCCGAAAUGUUACAGCUGAUCAACCCUGAUCUUGCUUGCUGACGUGCAAAACUAUCGUUUAAUGUCAUUUUUAUUGUUUGCACUGGUAUUUCAGAGUUACCCCCUCCCUGGACAAAUUCCACUGCAUAAUGAGAGGUGAAUUUCUCAACUGGAAAGUCGGGCUCGCCAUUGCAGCUCACUGCAAGAGUGUCUGACUGCGUCUGAAUAGGAUCUGAUCUGUGUCAGCACGGGUCGGGUCUCGACAACAUCCUCCUUCACCAUGCAGCUCCUGCAUCCCAAUUGAACAGCAGACCGCAGGUGCUCCGUGUGCGGAAUAAAGGUAAGCCUUGGCACAACACACGUCACACAAGAGGAGAACCAUUUGAUGGAAGAAAAGAAAAAGAAAAAGCAAGAGGAAAAGAAAAAGAAAGAAGCUGCUCAGAAAAAGGCUGCUGAACAGAAAACCAAAGUGCCAGACUCUGCCAAGCCCAGCCCCACCCCUCCUCCCCCCACCAACCCGUCCGUGCCCUCAGCCAGCAGCAGCACUGAUGGAAAUGGCAAGCACGCACCCUCCAGUAACCAACAGCAGCAGCAGCCGCCAGCCCCUCGCUACCCGCCCCGAGAGGUGCCCCCUCGUUUCCGUCAACACGAACACAAGCAGCUACUGAAGCGGGGCCAUCCUCUGCCCGCCGGAAGUACGGCUCUAGUUCAGCCAGUGUCCGCCAACCCUACGUCUCAGCUCUUCUCCUGCCAGACCCACCCAGAGCUGCCCCCACAGAGUAGCCUGGCUGCCCAGUAUGAGAAUAUAUCCCCCAGUCGCAGUGCCACUACAGCCUCUACCAAUAGCUGCAGCAGCUGGGAUCCACUGAUUAUUGACGAGUGCGAUACGGAGGCGUGGCCUUCCAUUUCAUGCAAAGAAAGCCACGCCCCUGCAGGAUGCCCCUUGGACACUGAAAGUAUCAGUGACAUCAGCAGCAUGAGCAUGGCCACAGGAGCUGGCCAGCAAGGCCAUUUCUCCACCAAUCACCCCAGCAAAGCCAAUGCAAGCCACUCAGGAGGUCUACUCUCUAGUCAGGGUGGGGCCAGCAGAGGCUGGGGCCCAGGCCCAUCUCUUGCCGGUGGAGGAGAAGGGAAGAAUGAAGUCUCCAGCCCAUCAGGGGGAACCAGGGGUUGGGGCUCCUCCAACUUUAACUUGAACUUAAACCCCAAUGCUAACCCCUCUGCCUGGCCAGUUCUGGGACAUGAAGGGAAUGGCGUAGGUGGCGGCAGCUCUGGAGAAAGCAACCCUCCUCCUAAUAUCUGUAGCCCACCAGGCACUCUGCCCAGUCAGGGCCCUAGCAGCAGUGGCAGUAUAGGUGGUGCCAAUGGAAAUUCUGCAGGUAAUGGUGGCAGUGGCAAUGGCAGCACCACGUGGGGUAGCAUUGUGCCCAGUGACUCCUCAGAGCCACACUCCACCCCAUCCACGAAUGUGUCUUUCAGCUCCGAACCUCAGAACCUUAACACUGAUGGACCAAAUCACACUAAGCAAGAGCCCAGAAGCCCUGGCCACAGCCUGGCUAACUGGGGGGUUGGGCCUUCAUGCAUGAGCUCAUUUGUUCAAAAUCCAGGAGGAGCCUCACAGGUCAAUGGGGAUGAAGAACCUGCUUGGGGUAAUGGAGAUGCCAAGUCUGGUAGUGGCUCAAAAGACUCUGGUUGGGACUCAGGGAGCAGCUGGGGACAAGGAGGGACCUCAGGCACUUCUGACUGGGGACAAGCUGCCUCAACUGGAGACUGGGGUAAGCAUUCCAACAAUGAGCCCAAAGGAUGGGAUUCUUCAAGCUCUCCCACCCAAGAACAGCAUCUCAAUUCUUGGGUCCGUGGGGCCAAAGCCCCAGCCAGUGAGGGAAGCAGUGACAGCAUGGAAUGCCAUCCUCGUAGGAGGGUCUGUUCAUCAAGAGAUGAGGCUUCCCCUAUUCUGCCUGCCCAGGAUAUGGACCCUCGGGUUCUGUGUAACACUGGCUGGGGACAAACACCAGUGCGUCAGCACACUGCUUGGGAGACCAAAGAAGCUGCACGCUCCAACUGUAAAAAUGACAUUGGAACUGAAGCCUGGGGCUCAUCCUCAAAUGCAGCCAAUGUAGGACCAACACCAACAUCUGGCAGUGCCAACCCCAACUCUGGCACUACAUCCAGACCAGACUCUGGGGGCAAGAAUGAGGGCCCCUGCCCCAGUACUGGAGCUGGGCCUGGAUGGGGCACAGCCAUGCCAUCACCCCAGGCUAGCUCUGGUUGGGCAGAUCCUACCAGCAACAAGAAACCUUCAAGUAGUCCUGGAAGUUGGAGCUGUACCCCAGCUGGAGGUUCAAGUGGCAACCUGAAGAAAAGUGGUCAGACUUGGGGUUCAGAGGAGAAGUCUCCUACCUGGGAAGACAGUCAUGCUAAAGCCAAACCACAGGGCUGGACUGAGGGGCCCAACCAUUCUCAUGGAUGGAACAAGGGACCUGGUGGAGAAAACAGGUCUGGUGGGGAAUGGGGUGAACCUGGAGAUGAAAAGAAAAAUAUUCCCUCCAGCUCGACCUGGGAUGGAGAGGGUACUGGCUGGAAUGAGGGUUCCAGAGGAUGGGGCAAGCCUGCCCCAGGCACAGGAGGAAACUGGGGAGAUGCACAACAACCCAGUAUGCCAUCACAAGGAUGGAAUAACAAGCCUCAGGAGGGCACCAAUAGCAAUAGUGGCAGUGGAAGCAUGGGUUCUUGGGGAGGUCCUAGCUCUGUAAAACAGAGUGGCUCCGGAUGGGGUGGAGGAAAUGGUGGAGGUGUUAAACCUGACCAUAUUGGAGAGCCCACUGGAUGGGAUGAGCCCUCUCCACACUCCAUCCGCCGUAAAAUGGAGAUUGAUGAUGGUACCUCAGCUUGGGGUGACCCAAGCAGUUACAAUAAGACAGUCAAUCUCUGGGACAGGAAUAACCCUGUGAUACAAGGCAAACCAGGACCUGGCAAUGCCAACAAUGUACCCAACAACCAUCAUCCUCAUCCCCACCAUAACCAGCCUCCCAUGCAGACUCACAGUCAUGGAGGGUCAAAUUCAAACAAUAAUCACAUUUCUCCUGAUAACGCUGGCCCACAUCCAACAGGGCCAUCUCACAAUAGAACAACCCUCAUGAAUCCAGGAUGGGGCGAGAUGACAAAUGUCCAUUCAAAACCUGAGCCCUCAUGGGGAGAGCCAGCCACCCCUGCAGCAAGUGUGGACAAUGGCACUUCAGCAUGGGGUAAACCCUCAGGUGGCUGGGGUGAUAAUGGCCCGGAGGUCUAUGGUCGAGGCAGUGGACCUCCUGGAUCAGCCCCCUGCAAACCUGCCCCCAAAUCUAUGCAAGAUGGCUGGGGUGGUGGAGAGGACAUGGGCCUGUCUGCAGGGCAGUGGGAGCAGGAUGAGGGUGACAUGUGGAAUAGCACUGCAUCUCAAGAGAGCAACUCCUCCUGCAACUCCUGGGGUAACCCACCCAAAAAGGGCCCACCAAAGGGAAAAGUCCCAAACAAACAGGAUGAUACUUGGAUAAUGAAUCGUCUUAUCAAGCAGCUGACUGACAUGGGCUUCCCUAGAGACCCUGCAGAAGAGGCUCUCAAGAGCAACAACAUGAACUUGGAUCAGGCCAUGAGUGCCCUGUUAGAGAAGAAGACCGAACUAGAUAAACGGGGGAUGGGAAUCUCUGAUUAUAACAACGGCCUAGUCAAUAAACCAAUGGGCUGCAGGCCUUCAGUCAUCUCCAAAGAAUCCUCCUCAGAUCGUCCCCCCUUCUUGGACAAGGAUGCUGGGCUAGCAGAUGAUGCCCAAACCUCACCGUUUAUGCCUUCUCCGAGCCUGAAGCUCCCAUUGGGUAGUGCUGCACUCUCUGGCCAGAGCCUUGGAGUUGCAAUGCAAAACUUGAACAACAGACAGAUGCAGAGUGGAGUGUUUGGUAGUAGCGGAGCAGCACAAGCCCGGGCCCUGCAGCAGCAGCCUCCCCCCCAGCCGUCAGUGCCACAUCUCAACUCGUCCCAGCCUAGUCUACGUGCUCAAGUGCCUCAGUUUUUCAGCCCUCAGGUUCAAGCACAGCUUUUACAGUUUGCAGCAAAAAACAUUGGUCUCAACCCUGCACUUUUAACCUCACCAAUAAACCCUCAGCAUAUGACCCUGUUGAACCAACUUUAUCAGCUGCAACUGGCGUACCAGCGUUUACAAAUUCAGCAGCAGAUGUUGCAGGCACAGCGCAGUGUUUCUGGCCCCAUCCGACAGCAAGAGCAGCAAGUUGCACGUACAAUCAAUAACAUGCAGCAACAGAUCCAGCAGCACCAGCGGCAGCUGGCUCAGGCUCUGCUGAUGAAACAACAGCAGCAGCAGCAGCAGCAGCCACCCACCUCACACCCGGGCCUGCAUCCCAGCGCAGGCAAAUCAGCUCUGGACCUGUUUCCAGCCCACCCCCAGGCCUCCAGCCUCUCUGUUUCCGACCUUCAGACCAAAGAGCCGCAGUCUUCUCCAAACUCCUUUUCACCCUACACUAUUUCUGGAUUGAACCAUAACAUGAAUGUAAACUGCAUGGAAGUGGGUGGCCUGUCCAUGAAGGACUCUCCUCAGCCUCAGUCACGCCUGUCACAGUGGACACACCCAAACUCCAUGGAAAACCUCUCUGGCUGCUCCUCUCCUAUGGAGUCCAACUUCAGCAAGCAUGGUGCCAUCUCUGCAGGCCCCAGUCUGGGUCCCCCAAGUAAACCCACGCUGGAUGACUCCUACAAUCCCUACAAUCUGCUUCCCAGCUCUGAGUCUCCCAACAGCCCCCUGGUACCUCAUGAUAGCUGGGGUCAGGGAAAGAACACAAAUGACAAGCUCUCCAAUGGGACAAAUGUCAGUUGGCCUCCAGAGUUUUGUCCAGGAGUGCCCUGGAAAGGACUGCAGAAUAUUGACCCCGAGACGGACCCCAAUGUUACCCCAGGGAGUGUUCCCAGUGGGCCCACCAUCAAUACCAACAUUCAGGAUGUGAACCGCUACCUGCUAAGAGACAGGAGUGGAGGUUCCACCCCAACUUCCUCAAUGGGUGAGGCUCUGCCUCCCUCCAGCGAUUGGCCAGUCACUAGCUCUUUCAGUCUGUCCUCCCAUGAGGCAGCCAGCACAGGGAAGCUGUCUGACAUGAAGUCCACUUGGUCUCCGGGGCCCAUCUCGCACACCCAGGCUUCUCUCUCUCAUGAGCUUUGGAAAGUCCCACAAGGACCCCGGAACACAACAGCUCCCACACGGCCGCCCCCAGGUUUGACCAACACCAAGCCCUCAUCCACGUGGGGCGGAAACACCCUGGGCCUGGUGGCUGGCUGGAGCAGCUCCUACUCUCCAGUAGGUACCACGUGGAGCACAGACAGCUCCAGCAGGAGCACUAGCUGGUUGGUUCUGAGAAACCUCACACCGCAGAUUGAUGGUUCAACACUGCGAACACUGUGCAUGCAACACGGCCCGCUCAUCACAUUCCAUCUCAACCUGACGCAGGGCAAUGCUGUGGUGCGCUACAGUUCUAAAGAGGAGGCUGCCAAAGCCCAGAAGUCCCUACACAUGUGUGUUCUGGGAAACACCACUAUACUGGCAGAGUUUGCUGGAGAAGAGGAGGUAAACCGCUUCUUUGCACAGGGUCAGUCCCUCACGCCCACCACCAGCUGGCAGGCCAACCCCGGCACCAAUCAAACACGGCUGGGGGGCGGAGGGACGGUGGCCACACACCCCAUCGGCCACUGGAACAGCAGCGGUCUUGGAGGAGGAGGAGCGAGCGGGAUGGGGUCCGGUGGAAAGGCGAGCAACGAGCUGCUGUGGGGGGGUGUACCACAGUACUCCAGCCUGUGGGGGCCACCCAGUGCUGAGGACGGCCGAGUGGUGGGCAGCCCCACCCCAAUCAAUACGCUGCUCCCUGGAGACCUGCUGAGCGGAGAGUCCAUGUGACCAUGUCAAACCCCCUAACCGCAGGAAAAUAUGAAACUUAACGAGCAAAAACCAAGCAAAUCAUUUGGCGAUAAUCAACGUCAGGAGGCUGAGGCCACACUUGCUUAGAGGCUGCUGACCUUCUUCCUCUUCUUAUUUGUGUUAUUUUGAUCAUUAGGCUUGGGUUACAGUAUUCUAUAGACUUCUUACGAAGAACAAGGACUAAAAGAGAACCUUUACUGAGACUUUUCUCUAAUAACUGAUACCAGUGUGAAAGUGUAUUUUACUACGAACUGAUGAGACAAGCUGCCAUUUUUUUACAAUUUCUCUGGCACGAGCACAUCCUCUCAGCCCAAUCACAGCAUAUCGCUCACUCCCUGAAGAAACGUGCAUCAUUCCAAACCGACUUCCCCUACUCCUAUCUUUUAGACUGGAUCCAUGGCUUUUUUUCAGUUUGUGGAUCUUUGGAUUAAUUAACAGCACUAAACUUUAGCCUUAACUGCUGAUCAGUCCCACUCCAUUUGUACUCGGAAGAAACUCCUCUUAAGAAUUGCACAUUUUCUCAUUUCUGAGCCAGGACUGUCAUGGUUUCUAUCUCAGCCACAGCAUACUUGCAUUCGUACUUCCUGUUUCCCUCGGUUGCCAUCUGUCCUCAUAACUCUUGAAAGGACGGACAGAUAUCUGACGCUUCUGCACAUUUGAGGCUUUUAUUCUUAAACUGAGAGGACAUGUGGACAGCUGAGGUAUAUAUUAACCACUGCUCACGAAAAAAUGUAUAGGAAACACUUUCAAAUGGACUACUUUCUGUUCACGCUUUAUUU